AUGUCCAAUAUGGAUUGGGUGUGGUGGAAGGAUUGGUGGCGCGUCAAGCGGCUACGUAAGCGUUUACGGCAUGCUUUUGAUGCGCGCGAACAACAACAAGCCGCCGAAAACGCCGAGGGCACACCACCGUCCAAACAUUGUCGCGUGUGUAAUAAGGCGCUGCCGGAUAUUAGUGGCUUUGCCGAGGCGGUGCGCCCGUGUCGUCGUUGUCGGCGCAGACAUUUCGCCGCCAAUACGGCCGCGGCAUGUGGCAGCGCGGUUGAAUGCUCGGCAGCAACAGCCAAUAAGCCAGAUGACUAUGAGAAUAAUGGCUAUUGUUUUGAAGAUCACCCUGAUGAGGAAGAAGAUGAGGAGUGCGGUGCACACAAUGAUGUGCCACUGGGUGUGGGCUUCGAUGACGUUAAUUAUUAUUAUGGGGAGGACGAUGAUGGCAGCUAUGAUAAUGUAGAGGACGAUGACUUUUGCUAUUGCGAUGAGUGUUGGAAUGGAGACGGCGAGAGCAAUGACGGUAUGGACUCGGAUUGCAGCACCUGUUCGAAUCCUGGGAAGCAAGUGGUUGUAGGAAUUUGCGCCAUGGCUAAGAAAACGCAAUCGAAGCCGAUGAAAGAGAUCUUAACACGCUUGCAAGAAUUUGAAUUCAUCAAAAUGCUUAUAUUUUCCGAAGAUGUCAUUUUGAAGGAACCGGUAGAAAAUUGGCCGUUGUGCGAUUGUCUCAUCUCGUUUCAUUCGAAGGGCUUCCCACUGGAGAAAGCCAUACAAUAUGCACAACUACGCAAACCCUACGUGCUGAACAACUUACACAUGCAAUAUGAUAUACAAGACCGACGGCGUGUCUAUGCUAUACUGGAGAAAGAGGGCAUUGAAAUACCACGAUAUGCGGUCUUAGAUCGUGACUCGCCAGACCCAAAGCAACACGAGCUCAUUGAGUCUGAGGAUCAUGUUGAGGUGAAUGGCAUUAUUUUCAAUAAACCGUUUGUGGAGAAGCCAGUAUCCGCUGAGGAUCACAAUAUCUACAUUUACUAUCCCACAUCGGCAGGUGGUGGCAGUCAGCGUCUCUUCAGAAAGAUUGGCAGUCGCAGUAGCGUUUAUUCGCCAGAAUCGCGCGUGCGGAAAACCGGUUCAUUCAUCUAUGAAGAUUUCAUGCCAACUGAUGUAUACUUUUCAGGCACGGACGUUAAGGUAUACACAGUCGGACCAGAUUAUGCACAUGCCGAGGCCCGUAAGUCCCCAGCACUUGAUGGAAAAGUGGAGCGCGACAGCGAGGGUAAAGAGAUACGAUAUCCUGUUAUAUUAAAUAAUGCUGAGAAGCUCAUCUCACGUAAAGUUUGUUUGGCUUUUAAACAGACAGUCUGCGGCUUCGACUUGCUACGCGCCAAUGGAAAAUCGUAUGUUUGUGACGUGAAUGGUUUCAGCUUCGUUAAGAACUCGAACAAAUAUUACGAUGAUUGUGCUAAAAUACUGGGCAAUAUGAUAUUGCGUGAGCUCACACCAACCUUGCAUAUACCAUGGCUUGUGCCCUUUCAACUGGACGAUCCCCCCAUUGUGCCCACCACUUUUGGGAAGAUGAUGGAAUUGCGUUGCGUAGUGGCGGUGAUAAGACACGGCGAUCGCACGCCCAAGCAAAAAAUGAAGCUCGAAGUGCGACAUCCCAAAUUUUUUGAGAUAUUUGAGAAAUAUGAUGGUUACAAGGAUGGUCACGUUAAGUUGAAACGUCCAAAACAAUUGCAAGAGAUUUUAGAUAUUGCCAGAUAUCUGUUGUCGGAAAUUCAAAACAAGUCAGCAGACGCGGAGAUACAAGAGAAGGAGAGCAAAUUAGAACAAUUGAAAAAUGUCCUAGAAAUGUACGGACACUUCUCUGGCAUAAAUCGUAAAGUUCAAAUGAAAUACCAACCGAAAGGCCGACCGCGUGGCUCUAGCUCCGAUGACGUAGAUGCACCGAAAGAGCCGUCAUUAGUUUUGAUCUUAAAAUGGGGUGGUGAGUUAACGCCUGCUGGUCGCAUACAAGCGGAAGAAUUGGGACGCAUAUUCCGUUGCAUGUAUCCUGGAGGUCAGGGUCGACAGGACUAUUCGGGCACACAAGGCUUGGGACUGUUGCGAUUGCACUCCACAUUUCGCCAUGACUUGAAAAUAUAUGCUUCCGACGAAGGUCGUGUGCAAAUGACUGCAGCCGCUUUCGCUAAAGGUUUGCUGGCGUUGGAGGGAGAGCUCACACCAAUAUUGGUGCAGAUGGUGAAGAGUGCUAAUACGAACGGGCUACUAGAUAAUGAUUGUGACUCUAGUAAAUACCAAAAUCUUGCAAAGCAACGCUUGCAUGAUUUGAUGCGUGUAGACCGCGAAUUUACAAUGGAAGACCGUGAGGUGAUUAAUCCGUGCAAUAGUAUUUCCAUUAAUCAAGCCUUGGAUUUUGUUAAGAACCCUGUAGAAUGUUGCAAUCACGUACACAAACUAAUCAAAGAAUUAUUAACGAUUAUAAGCGUAAAGAAAGAAGAUCCCAAAACUAAAGACGCUAUACUGUACCAUGGCGAGACAUGGGAUUUGAUGGCGCGGCGUUGGGAGAAAAUUGAAAAGGAUUUCAGCACUAAAUCCAAACAAUACGACAUUUCAAAAGUACCCGACAUUUACGAUUGCAUCAAAUACGACUUGCAACACAAUCAACACACGUUGCAAUACGAUCAGGCGGAAGAAUUGUACAUAUACGCGAAGUACCUAGCAGAUAUCGUUAUACCACAAGAAUACGGUUCAACUGUGCAAGAGAAGUUGGCCAUUGGUCAGGGUAUCUGUACGCCGUUGCUGAAGAAAAUCAAAGCCGAUUUGCAGCGAAACAUCGAAGAAGUGGGCGAUGAGUCGGUAAAUAGGCUAAAUCCACAUUAUAGUCACGGUGUCGCCAGUCCAGGUCGUCACGUGCGCACGCGGUUGUAUUUCACAAGUGAAAGUCAUGUGCACUCAUUGUUAACUGUUUUGCGUUAUGGUGGUUUGCUGAAUGUGUUAAAUGAUGAACAGUGGCGUCGUGCAAUGGAUUACAUUUCCAUGGUGUCGGAGUUGAAUUACAUGUCACAGGUUGUGAUAAUGCUCUACGAGGAUCCCACCAAAGAUCCCACAUCAGAAGAACGCUUUCACGUGGAACUACAUUUCAGUCCGGGUGUAAAUUGUUGCGUGCAGAAGAACUUGCCACCCGGUCCAGGCUUUCGGCCACACUCGCGCAAUGAUUCCGGCAAUCCCAAGCAAAUGGGUUCAAGUAAUUCUUUUCUCAAAACCACUUCUGCGGUAGAUGACGCAAAUCCGCCGCGUAUAGAGGAGGAAAACGACUCGGAGGAUAGUCCUGUGAGGAGCCAAUCAGACGGCUACGAUAAAGAUUCACCACCGCAUACUAAGCAUCAAAAAUCGAAGCCCAUACCAAUCGGUGCGCACCAUACGGUAAGCGGACAUGAAGCGGCGCAUUUGGCAAAGCGUCUGAAUGAAGAAUUGGCUUCACAACAACACUCACUGGAAUCCCAACGCCCCAUUAGUCCCGAUGCGGAGCCACGGUCACGUAGCUAUGAACAGCGCGAUCAAAAGCGUGCAAAAGAUACCGCUGCGUCUACGCCUAUACACACACCACCUCUAACUAGUACUAAUAACAAGCAUGAAUUCAAGGAGAUACUCAACACGCGCUCCAAUCCAAAUUUCGCUGCAAACGCUGGCGGCACAUUUCACAUACGCGUUACCGAUAGCUUGACUUUCUAUAAAAUCGAUUCGUCUACCAACGAGUUGCCACUGUCCGAUAUUGAUUUCUCACUCAAUCCACUAACACCGGAAUCCCCUUGCAACGAACAUAAAUCAAAUUCGCCAUGCGAGACGCGUCAAAAACGUCACGUACGCUUAUUGACUAUGCGCGCCAUAGCAAGCAUCGAUGAGCCCGAUGCAGCUAACGAAAUGUAUUUACCGAAAAUAUCGCCGUUAGCCACGAAUGAACGUCCGCUGUCGUGCAAUUGCCUUAGCGGCGGUGGUGCUUUCGACGAUAACUUGCCGCACUCGCAUUCGAAGAGCAUGGCUGAUAUCAGUCCGCUCAACGAUGGUGAAGUUUUACACUUCGUUUUGGGCAGCUCGCCGAUUUCCGCUUCACGCGUGGCCUCCAUUGAUGACUUUCAAUUGUCUUGUUCGGCGCCAGCCACCAUACUCAGCAGCGAGUUCAGAUUCCGUGCGCAGGAGGAACGGCACACGAUAGUCGAUCAACUGCGCGUUGGUUCGCCCACCCAUUCGCCGACCGCUUCCACCUUAAAAUUAUGCCAAGAGUCCGAUGAGCGGCAGCUGCAGCAGCAAGCGAAAUCGCAACAGAAAUACGCCAACGAGCUGUGCAGUGGCGUGUGUGCUGACGUUGAGCGCGCGCCUGACAUAAAGACCGUCUCGAUGAGCAGUUUGCCCACCGUACAGUCGGCGCCGGUAAUGAUAAAUGUUGAAAAUCCCUUCAAGUUUACGCAGCAAGCUCAACAACCAUUUGUAAAUAAAUUUACUACAAUCAAUGAAUUUGAUAAUACACAUGCUACUAACACCGCUUUCUCUUCUCCCGUUCAAUCCUCGUCUGCUUGCGACUUUGACACAUUAAUCCAACAAAAAUACACUGACACACACGCUGACAAACGCGCCACAAAUUAUCAUCAUAACUCACGUAUACGCCGACAAAACCAACACCAACAUAAACUAUUUAACCGACAACAACAACAACACGCCCCACAUACACAUACCGCGCGAAUACCUGACGUGAUCGUCACUUUGAGCUCAUCCUCAACCGAUUUGUCUAAUCUAAUGCCUGAUACUAACCAAUUCAAUUCGAAACUCACUCCUACCAUUCCUACAACUUACGACCCAACAAACACCACUACCACAACAACCAUAACCACUACGAACACAACAUCAACGCCCAAUAUCAAUGCCAAUAUGUCCGCGUCUACGUCCAUGUCUACGUCUAAAUCCGCGCCCAUGCCCUCGUCCGUGAUUGUCACCUGUACGUCGACCGCUACUUCCGCCGCAGAUGGCAAUGCGACGCCAGUAUCCUCCUCAUCGUCGGUAUCGUCUCGACGUCAAAGACACAGUAUUGCCGGCCAGAUGUCGUAUAUGAAAAUGUUGGGAUUCGGUGGUUUUAGCAAGAAGAUGGCCACUAGCUCAAGUAGUCUAUUUAGCACGGCAGUUAUAAGCGGAAGCUCAUCAGCACCCAAUCUAAGGGAUAUGAUACCAUGUGCGGUCUCAUCGUCAGUACUUGAAGGUUUUGGCGGUGUACCACCAAUUCGACCACUAGAAACUUUACACAACGCACUAUCACUGAAGCAGCUCGACCAAUUUCUACAUAAAAUGACAACAUCGCCACUCUACAAAACGCCAGCAUCAUCGCCGCCCAAACAUCCAUCAACACCGCAACAAACCUUACAGGGAGCAUUACAAUCUAUGUGCUCUUUGGAGGCGGCUACAAGCUAUCUAUCCGGUGACAGCAUGUGUCAAUGCCAAGAGGCAGCCGCCACACAGGGCGAAAGGGUACGUGAGCCGAUAUUGAAGAAUGCAAUUUGCAUGCAUCCAACAGUCAAUCUAGCCGGGAAUGACCGAAGACCGCUGGAGCAAGUUGCAACAGAAGUGGCAACAGCAGAAGUCGUAGCAGCAACAGCAACGUCCGAACGCGCCAACAAAUGUAACAUUGCUGGCGUGGCUGAGGCAAACGCAACGGCAACAGCGCAGCCGACAACUGGAAUGUGGAGCCAGCAGUCGAGCGUUGCUAGCAGCACCGAACCCUCAUCCCCAGCCAUUUCGGACACAUACUCGCAUGAAACACCCAGCGGCGAAAUGUCCAUUAGUAUAACCAGCGCCGAGGGUAGCGUUAACAUCCUGCCCGUAGCCGAGGAACUCGCCAAAUUCUUUCCACAACUCGACGAUGAGGACCUGAAUGCCGUUUCGGUGUAUACUCCUAUGAAUACGGAUGCCUUGGAAGUCGAUGCUGACGGCGUAUUCACAUUCGGCGCAGGCAGUAGUCGUGGCGAUGUGAGUGCCUGCUUAACACCGGUCAGCUUUGGCAUGGACAUAAGCAUGAUUGCGAACAAGGGAUCGAUGACUCUUUCAGUUGAUGGCUUUGAAGAUGAUGACGAAACUACGCUUUCAGCCGCCACAACACCAUCGCUACCUGUAGAUGAACCAAAACUUGAGACCUGCUAUUGCUGUCCCACUCAUGCUGAGAUGGGUGAACCGCCUGAUGUCGAAGAUACAUUCGAUACACUUCCCGAACCACUUAAAAUACCAGAUACAAAAAUUAUCAGCUCUUCACCGGAGACAAAUUACUUCGGCGAACCGACAUCAUUGCCGCCGCUGCCACUUUGUGGUGAAAAUACGCUACGACGUGGUGCACGUAAAGCAACCGAUCCAAUAUCGCCCAAAAUCAAGAAGCAGAUUAGUCUCUUCGAGGGCGGCGAAUAUGAGCGUCAAAAGGAGUAUAACAAUCUACAUGCGUCCAUCAACAUACCGUCGGCCUCCACGCUAAAGCAGGAUGCACGUCUGCGUAAAUUUGAGACACUCACCCAGUCUACUUCCAAUUCCAACUUUCCAUUUGCGAGUAAUACCCUGAAGCGCGUGCAGCACAAUGCUUCCGAACUGGACGAUGUCAGUCACACACAGUCGUGCAUUAAUCUGAAAAGUUCGGUAUGCGCUUCGCCCGCAGCCUCCGCUACGGGAUCGCCGCAGCACAAAGCCACACCGAUUGCGAUUGUAACACAACCUAUUGCUACAACAUGCACCACAGUGACGGCGCAUGGCGCUGCCGUCUUCACUGAAAGUGUUGGUCCACCACGUCCAGGUGCUUUGAUUGUUAAAGAACGUUUCAUAGAGCCGCCAAAACGAAUUCCGCGUAGUUUCCACAGCAAAACUCAGUCCAUGGACGCCGACUUCUUAUUUAAUGAGUUCUUGUUAGUACCAGCCCGCUCGCCGACCCACGCACCCAUUUCACCCGAAGGUAGUAGCCGCACGAGCAGUGCAAGCACGUCGCCUGCUGCGCGCUCCAACUCGCGAUUUAUGGCGACUAAAAUUUUGGACGAUAUGGCCACUUUGCAACAUAAGUGAGCAGAAUUAAAGAGUGCUAAUGAAGAAAUAAUUUUAAAAUCGCUGUUUGAAAGGGUUAUUUAUUGAAAUGAGCUACUAAAUAUAGUCGUAAAUAGUUGUCAAGAAAAUGCCAACAAAAUCAAAUAAAUUUUGAUUUAAAACUAUUUUGACUAAUAAAAUAAUAUGUGAGCAAAUUUCUUUUUAAUUAUUUAUUUCUCCUAUAAACUUUGCAUAUACGCAACACUUCCAAACUUAUAUGUACCGAAUUAUCUGAGGUCUAAUAAAGUGAAAAAUUUUAAAUUUA